AAUUUGGAUUCCCUUGGGAGGCGCCGACCCCUCCUGCGGCCGGGGGGAGCCAGCGGGGCUGGACCGCUCCCCGCGGCCACUGUCCCCCCGAUGGGGAUGCGGCAUCGCCAGCACCGGGACGGAGCCCUGCUGCAAUGAGAUCUGAGCCUUGACGUGAAGACCUCAACCAAAAUAUCUGCAGAGAGCCUGUGCUUCCCUCCUAAUCACAGAGUUAACGAGCAAAACUUGUCCACAAUUAGGAGAGAAGAUGGCCAUCAACUGGAAGGUCUGCUUGCUCAGCCUCGUAUUGCUUCCUGUGGUUGCAGCAACCCAUUCCAACUGCAUCAUUAAAAAGGAGCAAGAGACUUGUCUGGAGAAGAUCCGGAGGGCGACGGCCCUGAACCCUCUCAAUGACUCUUCUCCAGGUUGCCCAGGAAUGUGGGACAAUAUCACAUGCUGGAAACCUGCAAGUGUGGGGGAAAUUGUCUUUGUCAAGUGUCCUGCACUGUUCAGAUUUAUCAUCUCUGAGGACGGUUGGGAAGUGGAUAAUUUGGGGCAAACCCAUGCAGGUGAUUAUGACCUGCUGGAAAGCACAGCUCAGUCUCUCCUAGGGGACAUCAGCAGGAAUUGCACUGAAGAUGGCUGGUCUGAACCUUUCCCUCAUUAUUAUGAUGCCUGCGGCUUCGAUGAGAACGAAACAGAGUCCGAUAACCAGGAUUACUACUAUCUCUCGGUGAAGGCGCUGUACACGGUGGGAUACAGCACCUCCCUGGUUUCCCUCACCACUGCCAUGGUCAUCCUGUGUCGCUUCAGGAAGCUUCACUGCACUCGGAAUUUCAUCCACAUGAACCUUUUUGUCUCAUUCAUCCUCCGUGCAAUCUCUGUGUUCAUUAAGGAUGGGGUUCUUUAUGCUGAGCAGGAUGGAAACCACUGUUUUAUCUCCACGGUGGAAUGCAAAGCAGUGAUGGUGUUUUUUCACUACUGUGUCAUGUCCAACUACUUCUGGCUGUUCAUCGAGGGGUUGUACCUCUUCACCUUGUUGGUGGAAACCUUCUUCCCGGAGAGGAGAUAUUUCUACUGGUACACAAUCAUCGGCUGGGGUACCCCAACAAUCUGUGUCACUGUCUGGGCAGUGCUGAGGCUUCACUUCGAUGACACUGGCUGCUGGGACAUGAAUGACAACACUGCCUUGUGGUGGGUGAUCAAGGGCCCCGUGGUUGGGUCAAUCAUGAUAAAUUUUGUGCUUUUUAUCGGCAUAAUUGUGAUACUUGUGCAGAAACUCCAGUCACCUGAUAUCGGGGGCAAUGAAUCCAGCAUUUACUUCAGCUGCGUUCAGAAAUGCUACUGUAAGCCUAAGAGGGCUAACCAGCACUCUUGCAAGAUGUCAGAACUAUCAACCAUUACCCUGAGACUGGCUCGCUCCACCCUGCUGCUGAUCCCUUUGUUUGGAAUUCACUACACGGUGUUUGCCUUUUCUCCUGAGAAUGUCAGCAAGCGGGAGAGGCUGGUGUUUGAACUGGGACUGGGAUCCUUCCAGGGUUUUGUUGUUGCUGUUCUCUACUGCUUCUUGAAUGGGGAGGUGCAAUCAGAAAUAAAGAGAAAAUGGAGGAGCUGGAAAGUCAACCGGUAUUUUGCUGUGGAUUUCAAACACCGCCAUCCUUCUCUAGCGAGCAGCGGAGUGAACGGGGGGACACAACUCUCCAUUCUGAGCAAGAGCAGCUCUCAGAUUCGGAUGUCCAGCAUAAAUGCGGAGAACCUGGCGACAUGAGCAGCUGAGGAGAGCAAAGCAAGCAACGAGCAAACCAAAAACCAUCCCUUGAAAAAGAAAAAUAUGAAAUAAUAGUUUUGGUGGUGGUACAGGUCUCUCUUCCUUUC